UAACUUCUCCAUUUACGGAGGCGCAUAUCUCUGUUGACAUUUUCAUUAUUUAGGGAGGAGAACUCCUUCUUAAAGAGCCAAUAAAUUUGUUGUAAUCGGCCUGAUAUUGAACCCAGUGGAAGCUUGGACUUAAAGGCUUUGUGCCUGCUAACCUGUCCAGAUGGUCAUCAUGACGUGUUCCAUAGAAAACAUCCUGAAUGAUGCAAAAAUGUUGGUGAAUCGCCUCAGGGAUCAUGAUAGUGAAGCUGAUUCUCUGAUAUGUCAGACCCAGACAUUGAACAAAAGGGUGGAGGCUAUGAAACAGUACCAAGAAGACCUUAACGAGCUAAAUGAGAUGGCACGUCACAAACCUCGUGCAAAUCUUGUGUUGGGAAUCGCACAGGAAAACAGACAAAUCCGCGAACUACAGCAGGAGAAUAAGGAGUUGCGCAUGUCACUGGAGGAGCAUCAAUCGGCCCUUGAGCUGAUCAUGAGUAAAUACAGGGAACAGAUUUUCAAACUGCUGAUGGCAAAUAAAUUAGAUAUGUCUAUUCUCAACAAGGACCAGUCAGAAGUAGGACAAAAGGAGGUUCUGCCAAAGAUUGACAAAAUCUGUGAAAUGGCUGCGGUAAUGCAGCAGGCCGUCGCAAUUGAUGACAAGGCAGUAACAGAGGAGCAAGAGAAAAUAACACGUCUAAUGUUGGAGAACAAAGGGCUACGGGAACUUCUCGAAAUUACCAACAGCAUGAAAGGAGGACACGUCGUAAUGAACAGUGCUGGAUGUCAGACUGACUUCUCAUCUAUUGAUGGUGACAAGACACCGGAAGAGAACUUAGACGGUGCUAUGGGGACCAGUGAUGACUUGACACCAACUCCGCAUCCCGAUAACAUCGAUCUGUUGCAGAAAGCAGCAGAGGAGAAACUGAGGGAUAAGAAUGGCAACGAAGCCCAGGAAGAUGAGGAGACGGAUUCUGAAGACGAUGUGUAUAAUUAUAAAGCUGACACGAUCAAAUUGAAUAAGAACUACGAGGAGAAGAAGGCAGCAUCAUCGUCAUGAUUUGAAUGUGACAUACAAGGGGGAAUUUUGGUCCAAAAAGAGAUUUAUAAAUGCUAUACCAGAUGGCAUAAACGUCUAUUCUAUUCUCUCAUAAAUUAACUAGGAAAUUAUAAAGCUAAACCAUAGAUGUAUCUCAUUUUGGAACCAAACUCCUCUAACAUACAGUUGAAAAAAUGCAAAAAGUAAGUUGCAGAAGAGCAGGGUGAUAACCGCGAUACGAGUUAGAAUGUGGCGCUGAUGCAGUUGUCAGUUUUACUAGCAUUUGAAUAAUCAUCUCACUGCUUCACUGUUUCAAUGCCUUAUGGAUACUUUGCAGAACAUCUUUCUGAAUUUUGUUAAGUAGCAUGCUUUUUUAAUAUUGCAUGUGGCAGACACAGUAUUGCAUAAUAGUUAUGCAUUUGACAUUGAUUCAUCUGGGAAUGGGGUUGUAAUAAUUUCUUAAUGACAGUUGUAUUGCUGUGUACAUGUACAUAUCUACAUGUAAAUCUGUGUGUAUGAUAUCAUGUGACUUUAACUUAUUGUAUAAAGUAUCAUUAUGUGUCUCUUGACUAUUCUGCAGAUUAUUCGUAGUCUACUCUCCAAUAUGAGUUGAGUCAACAAGCCCCAAUAAUUUAUAAGAGAGAAAUUUUGCACCAGCGCAGGGGUAACCUUCUGCAGGUCAUCAGGGACUUAUAAUCUUCAAAACAAAACAGACAAUGGCCUAGUUUAUAGGGAGCAUCAAUUUAGUACAUCAUUAGCCUCAUGAAGGAUGAUGCCAGUUUAUAAAACACGAAAUUUUGGCAGGGAAAUGGCGGACCUCCUUUCUGGGAUGAUCUCAAUUGAUCUCAAUCCCCUUCCGAGCUUAUGUUCAUGUACUAAAUGGAUGCUCCGUCAUUUUGAAUUGCGAAUGUAUUGUGCAUGUUAUUGAGUUAAUUAUGUGCUCCCUUUGAAGAUUAUAAAACAACAGCUAGGGUCUUGUAAAGGCCAAUGCUUGGUCAAGUUUGUAGGUAGAAAUAUCUCCAAGGUCAGUUCAACUUGUAAAUUGAAAUUGUAAUUGUAGGUGUCUGUAUAAAAUAAGUCUUGAAUAAAUCAGAUAUGUUGUA